AUGGACGGUCUACAGCUCAGAGAUGAGGCGGUUCGCGACCGUGUCCGUGCUGCUCAAGAAUUUCUUGAUCCAGUCGAUCGUUCCACAGCCCGAGGCUACAGAUCAGACAUCAUUCUGAUGCUGCAGAAAUUCCAACGGAGACUCGUAGUUAGCAUUGAUGAAGUUCGUGCUCACAAUGCUGAGCUUGCAGAAGGUCUGCUGCAGCAGCCGUUCGACUACGCCCAGGCCUUCGACAGAGCCCUUCACGAGGUGAUCCAAACCCUUCCUAAUACGACGCCGAAACAGACUUCCGAGGAUGUCAUGUACUAUUGUGCAUUCUCUGGCAGUUUUGGUCAAUAUGCGUGCAAUCCUCGAACCCUCUCCUCGUCGCACCUCAACCACAUGGUCUCCCUAGAAGGCAUUGUCACAAGAUGUUCUCUCGUGCGACCAAAAGUCGUCAAAAGCGUGCACUAUAAUGAAAAGAAGAAGGUGUUCCAUUUCAGAGAAUACAAAGAUCAGACCAUGACUGCCAGUGGCGCCAGCACUUCGAGUGUAUACCCACAAGAGGAUGAGGAAGGCAAUCCUCUGAUUACGGAGUACGGAUACAGCACGUACAGGGAUCAUCAGACUAUUUCCAUUCAAGAAAUGCCGGAACGGGCUCCGGCAGGACAAUUGCCACGAGGAGUGGAUGUUAUUUUGGACGAUGACCUUGUGGAUAAGGUGAAGCCAGGGGAUCGCGUUCAACUUGUUGGCAUUUACCGAUCCCUCGGAAACAGGAAUGCGGGCCACAAUAGCGCUCUAUUCAAGACUGUGGUGAUUGCAAACAACGUUGUCUUGCUGUCUUCAAAGUCUGGCGGAGGAAUUGCAGCUGCAACCAUCACCGACACAGAUAUCCGGAACAUCAACAAGGUUUCAAAGAAGAAGAAUCUGUUCGACCUCCUUUCCCAGUCGCUGGCACCUAGCAUUUACGGCCAUGAACACAUCAAGAAGGCCAUCCUUCUAAUGUUGCUGGGUGGUCAGGAGAAGAACCUUGAGAACGGCACACAUCUGAGAGGUGACAUCAACAUUCUCAUGGUUGGUGACCCAUCUACUGCCAAGUCCCAAUUGCUCCGAUUCGUCCUUAACACUGCUCCUCUCGCCAUUGCUACUACUGGUCGAGGGUCAUCUGGUGUUGGUCUGACGGCAGCUGUUACAUCUGAUAAAGAGACUGGGGAACGAAGGCUCGAAGCCGGUGCCAUGGUUCUCGCUGAUCGCGGUGUUGUCUGUAUUGAUGAAUUCGACAAGAUGUCCGACAUCGAUCGAGUUGCUAUUCACGAAGUUAUGGAACAGCAAACGGUUACAAUUGCCAAGGCAGGCAUUCACACAUCCCUCAAUUCUCGCUGCAGUGUGAUUGCUGCUGCCAAUCCAAUUUUUGGUCAAUACGACACACACAAGGAUCCCCACAAGAAUAUUGCCCUUCCGGAUUCUCUGCUUUCUCGUUUUGAUUUACUUUUCGUUGUCACAGAUGACAUUGAUGAUUCCCGAGAUCGUCAGAUCUCAGAGCACGUUCUGAGAAUGCAUCGGUACAGACAGCCAGGGACCGAAGAAGGUGCCCCAGUUCGCGAGCAAUCCCAGCAGACUCUCGGGGUUGGAGUGGAACAAGAGUCAGAAGCCAACCGUCCAACGGAGGUGUAUGAAAAAUUCGAUCCGAUGCUCCAUGCUGGAGUGACUCUGACAACCGGUCGAGGAUCGAAUAAAAAAGUGGAAGUCCUCAGUAUUCCCUUCAUGAAAAAGUACAUCCAAUACGCCAAAUCUCGAAUAAAGCCAGUCUUGACCCAAGAAGCCUCUGAUCGAAUCAGCGACAUCUAUGUUGCACUCCGAAACGAUGACAUGCAAGGUAACCAGAGGAAGACCAGUCCCAUGACCGUUCGUACCCUUGAAACAAUCAUCCGUCUUGCAACUGCACACGCCAAAGCACGUCUGUCAAAUCGUGUCGAGGAACGAGAUGCCCUUGCUGCUGAAUCAAUUCUUCGAUUUGCCUUGUUCAAAGAAGUCGUGGAAGAUGAGAAGAGAAGUAAGAGGAGGAAGACCCGCCCUCUCGAGGAUGAAUCGUCGGGUAAUGAAAGCUCCGACUCGGACUCUGAUUCUCCCCCUCCAACCACUAGAGCAGGUUCCUCUAGAACACCAGGAGGAACAUCACGUACUCGUCUCUUAGCUAGUCGACGAGGUGGAACGAAUGGUUCUUCUUCUCGCACAAAUGGCGAUACUGGUGGAGGCGCCAUUUCGGAAGACGAAGAAGAUGACAUCUACACAUCAUCGCCACGGAAAACCACACAACGUUCCGGUCCCAGAAUGAGUGGCGCUCUACCAACGCAGACCCAGACUUCCUUCGCCUCCUCGCUUCCUGCCUCUCAAAUCCCGUCACAAUCGCAGUCUCAAGAAGAGAGCGAGCUGGCGUCCGGAACUGCAGCGCUGAGUAUAGCACCUGCUGCUAUCACGCCAGCUAGACUUCAGCUUUUCAGAACAACGCUCGGUCAGCUUCUCAACACGCCGCUCUUUGAGAACGACUCUGCCUAUGUGAAUGAUAUUAUGACGGCUGUGAACGAGCGUAUCGGUGGUGCCGGCGGUGGUGCUUUUGAUAGAGCGGAGGUGGAGGCUGCGUUGUUGAAGAUGGACGAGGCGAAUAAUAUUAUGUAUACCGAUGGAGAGCUUGUGUAUAAGAUCUAG